GUGAUUGGCUGCCGCAUUUAAACUCCACCUCCCACGAUGCCCUUGUGCGGAAAGGGUAAAAUCUCGAUUGAAAAGUGCAACCUCGCCGGAUUUUCCGCGUUGUUUCGUUCGAAAUAAGGCGCCCACUAAGCGGGAAGCGUUUCUGCUUCUGGGCCGCUCAGACACUUGUGCUGCAGCUACUGAACCUUCCGGAGAGGAAAAUCGGGGACUCUUUUUCUUUUCGCCAUGGCUUCACUGUUUUCUGUCGGUCAGCGGGGCUAAGCUAACUCGUUGCUAGCCACCCAGGUCGCCUCCUACACUUCGAAUUCCAUCCUUUCGGAACCGGUAUUAAAUAUGGCAAAAGUGCGGUGAGAACUCUUUUCGAGAAUCCCCGGAGAGCACCAUGACUCUUGCGCCGAAGGAGCUGUCCAACCUGCUGGGCAUCAUAUCGGAGGAGGCUUGCAGCAACACGUUCGAGACUCUAUCCACGCACUUCCACCACUUCUUCAGCAAGGCGGAACACUUCCGCGCCGGCUCGGUGCUCGUCAUGCUCCUGCAGCAGCCCGACUUGUUGCCCAGCUCGCCGCAGCGGCUCACCGCGCUCUACCUGCUCUGGGAGAUGUACCGCACCGAGCCGCUGGCCGCCAAUCCGUUCGCCGCCGUCUUCGCGCAUCUGCUCAACCCGGAGCCGGAGAAGCUUCUCUCAGGCUUCCUGCCGCCCAUCACUCAGCCCGAGAAGUUCUUCCUGUCGCAGCUAAUGUUGGCGCCGCCACGAGAUUUGUUCAAGAAGACGCCCCGCCAGGUGUCCUGCAUGGAUGUCAGCAGCAUGCCGCAGUCCAUCGACAUCAGUGGCCUGCAGCUCGCCCUAGCCGAGCGUCAGUCCGAGUUGCCGACGCAGAGCAAGGCCAGCUUCCCCAGCGUCCUCAACGACCCCGACCCAGACUCUUCCAACUCGGGAUUCGACAGCUCCGUGGCUAAUCAGAUCGUCGAGUCGCUGGCCACAGGACCGCGCCCGCCGCUGGAGAGCCACUUCCGUCCCGAGUUGAUCCGUCCUCCACCCCCGCUGCAUGUGUGCGACGACGAGCUGGCGUGGCUCACUCCCACCGAGCCGGACCACCGCGUGCACUGGGACCGCUCCAUGUGUGUCAAGAACAGCACAGGCCUAGAGGUCAAGCGAGUCAUGGCCAAGGCCUUCAAGAGCCCGCUGUCCGCGCAGCAGCAGUCGCAGUGGGACUGUACGAUAUUUUGUGUGCAGAUGGUCAUCACAAUCUACGUGUCCGCAAUAGUCUCAUCGCAGAAUCUGCUGGGAUGUUUACUGUUACAUAGUCAAUCAACUGUAAUAUUGGAAAUUGUCAGCAAAGUGACUUGUGUGGACAUGCUAAUAAGAACAUUCAAUUCACAGUUGCUGACCGAGCUGGAGAAGGAUCCGAAGCUGGUGUACCACAUCGGGCUGAGCCCCGCUAAGCUUCCUGACCUAGUGGAGAACAACCCGCUGGUAGCCAUAGAGAUGCUGCUCAAGCUCAUGCAGAGCAGUCAGAUCACAGAGUACUUCUCGGUACUCGUCAACAUGGACAUGUCGCUCCACUCCAUGGAGGUCGUUAACAGGUUGACCACAGCUGUGGACUUGCCUCCAGAGUUCAUCCACCUUUACAUCUCCAACUGCAUCUCCACCUGUGAGCAGAUCAAAGACAAAUAUAUGCAGAACCGUCUGGUGCGUCUGGUGUGCGUGUUCCUUCAGUCUCUGAUCCGUAACAAAAUCAUCAACGUUCAGGACCUCUUCAUCGAGGUCCAGGCCUUCUGCAUCGAGUUCAGUCGCAUACGCGAGGCGGCCGGACUCUUUCGCCUUCUCAAAAGUCUGGACACAGGGGAUGGACCCCCUGAUGCCAAGACUGCUAAAUAACUACAAAUAGUGUAAAUAGCUUCACUCCUGUCAACACAUGAAAAUAAACAUUUUUUUUGAGGGGAUGUGUGAAAUUGUGGUACAUUGGAUUCAUACUUGUACGCCAGAGCUAGGAACUUUUCAGAGGACCAGUAUGUGUUCAGACCACAGGAAAUAAAGUUGGCACACAGUUUGGGCAUCCCAAGGAAAAUCAUUGAAUCCAUUUGUUCCUUACUAAGGUUUUGAAGCUUGGUGGUACCCUGGAACUGUAGUCAUUUGUAUUGGGCCGAUGAACAUAUAUGGGCUUUUUUUUGGCCAUCCCAUAACAUUGAACUUGUGCCACUGCGUGAAUUCCUUGGUGGAUUUGAAAUGGUGGUUGGGGUCAUUGUCCUGCUAAAAAAUCCAACUCUGGCGUGGCUUCAA